CUCACAGUUUCACCACACCAGCCGAGCCGUACAUACGGAUCUGUUGGUAGUCGGCCGUCGUCAGGUACGGACCAUUUCUCGAAAGGAUAAACUGUGUUGUGUAGUGAAACUCGUUGUCGUCGUCUCAAGUGCGACUGCUAGAGGACUACAACUGUUUGGUACGAUUCUUGGCGGCACCAAGUUAGCGGGUAAUUGUCCAUUGUUUGGCGUCGUUUUCUGGCGGUCACGGAUUGUGAAGACUGAAAGUGAUAUUUUUGCGUAGUGCUAACAAGAGUUUCAUCGGUCGUAAGGAUAAUCCCGAUACGAGUGGGCAUCAGUUUAACAGAGCGGAUUAUGUAAUUUGGUGCAAAGUGCAUUUCGUCAGCUUUCAAGACAAACAUCCCUAAAACUACUAGUAACGUAAAACAAAAACUACCAACAUGGCCUCCGGAAGUCCACGAAAAGAUGUCAACUUGGACAUGCAGCUGCUCAGUAAGCCAUCGUCACCAACCAGGAACGGCGACAUGAUAGUGGACGAUAACUAUGAUCCACAUCUUCAUCGAAACCGGCCUCAUCCAACGACAAACUUCGAAACGUUGGUGCAUCUGCUCAAGGGAUCGCUGGGGACGGGCAUCCUCGCCAUGCCACAGGCCUUCUACAAUGCCGGCUACAUAUCCGGUUUCGUGAACACCAUCCUGAUUGGCAUCCUGUGUACCUACUGUCUGCACGUGCUUGUCCAGGCCCAGUACAUCCUCUGCAAGCGGCAUCGAGUUCCUAUACUGACCUAUCCGAUUUCGAUGAAGAUGGCCCUGGAGGAGGGACCGAACUGCUUGCGGCGGUUUUCACCGUAUGCCGUAGUUAUUGUUGACGGGUUCAUGAUAGUGUACCAGUUGGGUAUAUGUUGUGUGUACAUAGUAUUCGUCGCUACUAACAUCAAACAGCUGGUCGACGUAUAUCUCAACUUGGACGUGAAGAUCCAUUGCAUGAUUCUGCUGGUCCCUCUGAUUGGCAUCAACAUGAUCCGGAACCUGAAGAUCCUGGCGCCAUUCUCCACACUUGCUAACCUGAUUACUUUUGUUGGUCUCGGCAUGAUUCUGUACUACGUUUUGGAUGACCUGCCUUCGCUCUCGGAACGUGAGAUGGUUACCGACAUUGGACGUUUCCCGCUGUUCUUCGGCACAACAUUGUUCGCUCUCGAGGCCGUUGGAGUGAUUAUAGCCCUUGAAAACAACAUGGCAACACCAAAGUCCUUUGGAGGAGCCUUCGGUGUGCUGAACGUGGGAAUGUUUGUCAUUGUGGCUUUGUAUGCUGGAAUGGGAUUCAUCGGAUACUGGAAGUACGGUGCAGACGCGUUGGGAAGUGUGACGCUUAAUCUACCGGAAAUGGAUAUUUUGUCCCGCACCAUUCGAAUUCUGUUCGCAGUAGCCAUUUUCAUCUCGUAUGGUUUGCAAUGCUACGUCCCCGUGGACAUCAUUUGGAAUGUGUAUCUGGUCCAGAAGUACAAGGACUCGAACAACAAAUUCGUAUACGAAAUGCUGGUGCGCAUUGUGGUUGUAAUCGUGACUUUCCUCCUGGCAGUAGCGAUUCCACGACUGGGCCUAUUCAUUUCACUUUUCGGAGCGCUUUGUCUCUCCGCCCUGGGAAUCGCCUUCCCGGCCAUCAUGGAAAUCUGCGUACUUUGGCCCGACAAGCUAGGACCUGGCAGGAUGAUUCUCUGGAAGGACAUCAUCUUGAUAUUGUUUGGCAUCAUUGGACUCGUCGCCGGUACCUACACCAGCGUCCGUGAUAUUAUCUACAGUUUUCAAUAGACGCCAGUAUUUUCCUGCUAUGACUAGCUACCAUAGAACAUCUCUCUCGCAAAUGUAGAUCUUACCAAACCAAAACAUUAAUAGAUAGGCAAAACGGCUGCUACACUAGACCAGCAGCUUGCGCGACUAACCAAAUCCAAUAGACUGUAGGACUUUUGCUACCAAAGUAGUGAGAUUGAAAAUUUAUAAGAAGAUGCCUAGCUACUGGUAUAAUACAGGUAGUGGAAAAUGGAGCUCCUAGUACAUACAACGUCCAAUAGACGAACAAUCAAAUGCUUAUACGAAAUGAGAAAAGUAUUGCUGAAUACUCUAAAUGGCCUUGACAGCACCGGUAGUAGCUGCGCAUACGGUAGUUGCAAGUUAAGCCUGAUUGUAGUUGUAACCGAAUUGGAACCGCUCUGGCCAACAUAUCACUUGAAGUCAACAUUGAAGAUUCGUAAUUCACUUGAGCAGCAGCAGACAGGCACUUGAUUCGGACAAAUUGUCCUCGCACAUUCUGUUAUGGUACGAACCGGCGUUAUAUUUUGUUGAUGAUUUAAGUAUCAUUGUUUUAGACAUAGAGCAUGCUUUAACAGUCGAGGCUCUCGUUCAGACGGAGGAACCUUCUCCAGCUCGAUUUCAAAUGCGAGCCCACGAUUUGAGAUUGUUUUUAUCUAUUGUGCUAUAACCAACUGGCUGAAUUUAUUUCCGACAGGCCAAAUGAUUCGCUCAAAGCGUUUAUUUUAUUAUCAUUGAAAUUAACAAAAUUAAACAUGUACACAAAAAAAACUGUA